ACCAUCAACUGGACGAGAAAAUGUCUGUGGAAGACUCUUGGGUGUUUGAUUCCUUGGUGUGCUUCCUGCACGGACCCAUUUGGAAUGCUCCACUUCAGACAUUCAUCGAGCAGAAAUCCCUAGUCUUCGAUCCCAACCAGCAGCUGGAUGAGAACAAUCCUGAUAUACUCCAGAUCCAUGAGGAGUACAAGAAUCUAGUUGAUUAUAUGCUGGGCAGCUUCAUGGAGGAAAUGCAUAUAUCGCCGGAGCAAUUCGAAAUGGCCUGUCUCGAGGGACGUCAGCAGGGGGUUCAGGGUCAGGGCGAGAAUCCCUUUCAGUUCCACCAGGUGCUGUUCCAGCAGAUAUGGGCUGCCAACGAUUUAAAGAUAUUUAUUCGCAUGAUGACGCAACGCAAUGUGGAGCUUCAGCUGCAGGCUCUUGAUCUAAUCGAGAAAAAUCAAUUGGCCCAAAGUGCCAGCGCCGGAGAAGGUGGAGAUGAUGACCAUAGCGCGGAGGUGGGCUCAGAUCAGGGGGAUACCGCCUCGGAGGUGGAGCAAUUAAUAGCCAAGACCGUCGCCGGUGAACUCGAGAGUCCAGAAGCUGCCCUCACUCCCGAACAUGAUCCCAGCCUGGAUUCGGUCAAUGAUAAGUUCCAGCGCCUGAACUUGUUCUUCGAGCAGGAGGAUCAAGUGGAUCCCAACGACAUGGUGUCGCGGCAGGAGUACCUGCGCCGACAGCGCGACAAGAUUGUGGAGAUCAAGAAGCAAACUCGUGCUAAACAGUUGCAGGAGACAAUGGCCCGGGGUACGCCGCAUGCCCCUGAGGGAGCACGUCCCAGCUCCGCGUUGGUGGCCCAGCAGCUUUUGGAGAACGGAGGACGAACCACGGAACUCUCGAUGCCGGCUCCCCUGGAAAGCGAAGAGAACGCUGCCCUCCAAUUGAGACGGAAUCUGGCCAAGCGCCUGCGCAGCGAAGUUGUGGAGCAGAAGUGAGCUGU